UAAGGCCUGUCUCAUAGAUUCCAUAGGCACUGAGAUGCCAGCGGACUUUAAGCAAAUGUUUGACAUGGGCCUCUGCUCGUUAAGCAAUCGUCUGCUCAAGGAUGUCAUUGAUACCUAUGCCAAACUGCAUGUCAACUACGAACCGCUGCGAAUUAUAAAACCACAAUUUGAAAUACCUUUGCCGCCAUUGCAGUUGGCCACAUUUCCGCCCAUAUUUAGCGAACCGCCCGCACCGCACCCUAGAGCUUUACGAUCUGGAUGAAACCUUCAGUCCGGCACGUUCACAGCUGGCGCAUAUGACAGGCCAGUGCUUGCAGGCGCUGCAGGCCAAGGAGCCAGCGCGACGAGCGCUCAAUCUACGCGAGUUGGAGAACUAUGUAAAGGAGUGUGCGCGUAUAACGGCAAUUGUUAGGGAACAGCAAGAUAUGCCCGCUCGCGAGAUACUCAACAUUGUGGCCAGACAGAUAAGCAGCUACACGCCCUAUGCUGAGGACUAGGCAAGAGAGCAUCCAAUUACAAUUUGCAGCAAUCGCAGCGCA